AUGUCUAGUCAGCAUCUUGUCCUAGGCCUCCCACGUGUCUUGCCGUCGCUGCCGCCUUCGCUUGCACCGCCGUGUCGUCCCUGCGUCGAGGGUAGGCUGCGCGCCACCCCUCACUCCUCCUCCCUUCGUCCGGCCACCGAGCCUUUUGAGACGCUUCACUUGGACGUCUGGGGCCCCGCCCCUCGUCUAGGCCCUGAGCGUGAGCGUUACUUUCUGGUGGUCGUUGACGACUUCUCCCGCUACACCACAGUGUUCCCUCUGGCGAAGAAGUCUGAGGUGACUUCUACGCUGAUCAGGUGGUUGCUCACCACCGAGGACACUCAUGGUCGUCGUGUCAGCUGUCUCCACUCCGACCGUGGGGGUGAGUUUCGCUUCGGCAUUCUCGCUGGAUUCUGUCGCGAGCAGGGCAUUCGUCAGUCCUGGACGCUUCCAGAGUCCCCACAGCAGAAUGGGGUUGCUGAGCGCCGCAUAGGCCUGGUCAUGGAGAUCGCCCGCACCUCCUUGACUCACGCCUGUGCCCCCCAUUUUCUGUGGCCCUACGCGGUCAAGUACGCCGCGCACCAGCUGAACCUCUGGCCACGUGUCUCUCGACCAGAGGUUUCACCGACCAGUCUUUGGACAGGGUCCCCUGGUGUUGCGUCGCGGUUUCGUGUCUGGGGGUGCUUGGCUCUUGUCCGCGACACCUCCGCGGACAAGCUCUCGCCUCGUGCCGUCCUCUGUGUCUUCCUUGGUUUCCCUGAGGACUCCUCUGACUUCACCUUUUACCACCCUCCCUCUCACCGGUUCUUUGACUCUCGUGACGUCCGUUUCGAGGAGUCCACUCCGUACUACGUCAGGUACCCCAGUCGAGGUCUCCCGGUUCCUCCUCCCCCCCUCUUCCUGACUGCCGCUCCCCCUCCUGCUCCCCCGGUACAGCCUCCCCCCCCUGGCCCAGCCCCGUCAGGUGUGUCCCAGGCUACCCCUCCUCCUUCGGUAGCCCCUCCGGUACAGCCUCCCUCCCCACAGUCCUCCUCGCAGCGUGCCGCUGGUGCUAGCUCUCGAGAGGUUGGUGCUGCGCCUGUUCCUGUACCGGUUUCUGGUUCUGGGGGUGCUGGUGUUGGAGCUGGUGUUGGAGCUGUAGGUGGAGCUGGUGUUGGAGCAGGAGGUGGAGCUGGAGGAGGCACUGGAGUUUCUGGUUCUGGGGGUGCUGGAGUUGGAGCUGGAGUUUCUGGUUCUGGAGUUGGAGCUGACCCGGUGGGUGCAGAGGACUCUUGUCGUCCGGGAGCUGGUGCUGGUCGCGCGGACACUGGGGGUGAGAGUGCGCCUCCUUUGAGUUCUGGUGAGCCUGGGUCUGGAGCUGGUGUUAGUGCUGCCUCUGGGGGUGGUGCGCCUGGUUCUUCGGGGGUGGACUCUGGAGCUACCGCUGCUUCGGACACUACUCCGCCCCCCCACCCCUACCCGACUAGGCACCAGGCUCGUGUUCGCUGUGCCCGUGACGAGCAGCUGGCGUUGGAGAGAGAGGAGAGGGAGUUACAGCGGCUGGAGGAGCAGCAGCAGCAGCUGGAGCCGCAGGAGCAGCAGCAGCAGCAGCACCAGCUGGACCCGCAGGAGCAGCAGUCCCAGCAGCAGCCGCGUCCGCAGCAGCAGCAGUCGCAGCAGCAGCAGCAGCAGCCACUUCCUCCUCCUGUCUCGGGUCUUCGGGCCCUUGGUCUCCCCUCCCCUUCUCCUCCCUCCUCCGCCUCUCCUCCUGUCUACGGUCUCACGUUUCCUCCGCCUGACUCCUCCCCCACUGUUUUCUCCAGUUCUCCGCCUUUGUCCUCUCCUCCUCCGUCUCGUUCUUGGGCUACUCGUCGCUCCCCUCGUGCUCGUCCCUCGUCUCCUUUUCCCUUCACUGACCUUCGUACUGCCUUACUUUGUUCUAGUCCACCUCGUCCGUCUCAGUCUGUGCUUCUGUCUCCUCCUGAGUCGGCCCUCACCGUGUCGCUCCCUGCUCCCGUCACUGACUACUACCGCACGUACCGUCCUGUUCUCUCUCGUGUUCUCGCCUCUCUUGUUACUCACCCUCGUGCCUCUGUGUCCUCUGUGUCCGCUCUUACUGCCGCAGUUACUGACUUUGCCUCUACACGUCGCCUUGACUACGCCACCACGCUUGUGGCUGCUCCUCCUACCAGUCCUCUGGCCGUCAGGGGUGUGUCUGCCCUUGGCUGUGACGACCUAGAGGACAGGCAGUUUGAGCUAGAGUUCCUGGCGGCCGCUUCCCCUCAUCUCUGUGCCAUGCUCCUCGCCCCUGAGGGUGACCCCGACGCCCUUGACAUUCCGACUCCUCGCACUUACGCUGAGGCAGUGUCAGGGCCUUGGGCCUCUCAGUGGAGAGCUGCCAUGGACGCAGAGAUGGCCUCCUACAGAUCCACAGGCACCUACGUCGAUGAGGUUCCCCCCCCUGGGGCGAACGUAGUCGACGGCAUGUGGAUCUACAGGGUGAAGCGGCCACCGGGAUCUCCCCCGGUCUUCAAGGUGCGCUACGUGGCUAGAGGUUUCAGUCAGCGCGAGGGAGUUGACUUCUUUCAGACCUUCGCACCUACCCCGAAGAUGACCACUCUUCGGGUGUUACUACACGUAGCAGCACAGAGAGACUACGAGUUACACUCUCUCGACUUCUCCACUGCUUUCCUUCAGGGCAGCCUACACGAGGAGGUCUGGUUACGUCGUCCCUCGGCCUUCACUGGCACUUUCCCUCCUGGGACCCAGUGGAGGCUGAGGCGACCUGUUUACGGUCUUCGCCAGGCCCCUCGUGAGUGGCACGACACUCUGCGUUCUACCCUCUCUGACCUUGGGUUCCAGCCGUCUUCUGCCGACCCGUCGCUGUUCGUUCGUCGUGGCUCCACACCGUUCUUUGUCCUGGUCUACGUCGACGACCUCGUUUUCGCCACUCCGGACAGGGUUGCUUUGGCAGACGUGAAGUCCGAACUGCAGAAGAGACACACGUGCACUGAUCUUGCUGAGGCUGAGAUUUACGCUGGUGCCAUGGCGGCACAGGAGUUGCGGUGGUUGACCUUCUUGCUCGCCGACCUUGGUGAGCGGCCGAGCUCUGCACCGACCUUGUUUACUGACAACAAGGCGUCGAUCCUCCUCUGUCGUGAGCCGCGACUGGAGAGCAGAGUGAAGCACAUUCACGUCAGGUACUUUCUUCUGCGAGAGUUGCAGAGACGUGGACAGGCUCGCUUUGAGUUCGUGGAGUCCGAGGCCAACACUGCAGACAUCUUCACCAAGGCGCUUCCGCCUUGUGACCACCAGAGGUGUUGUGUGCAGUUAGGCCUUGUUGACUCAGGUUCUAGUCAUGUGUAG